UCCUAUCAACUGAUAACUGCCAAUUUUUCACUAUAAAACUCUCUGCUAAUUGCUUAACGCUUUUCCCUCUCUCUCUCUCUCUUCUUUCUUCCGCUUUGUCUGCCAUAGCUAAUCUCAGCUUGAGCUUCUUUGUACAAAUGUCUCACUCCACGCGCCUCAAAUCCAGCCGCCGGCGUGACGCGCCACCGGCCAAGGGGCGCCGCUCGUGGUGCUGCUUCGCCGAGCCGCCUCACAGCCCCGACAAUCCCACUACUUCAGCUGCUUUCUCUCACAAGACCAAAUCCCCAUCUUCCAUUUCCAAUUCCUUCCCCGCCUCCCCUCUCUCUCACAAGCCCAGCACUAACGGUGUUGUUACUCGGACUACUCGCCGGAUCCUUUCGCCGGGCCGGGUGUCUCCUAUCGACGAAACCCUAGCUCCCAAUCCGCCGCUCCACGUGCAUUCCGCGGCUGAGAUUCCGGCGUCGCCCUCGCCGCUCCGCCGCGAGGGCUCUAAUGCGAGUGCGGUGACGGAGGAGUGCGGUGCCGAGGGAAUCUUCGACGCGAGGUUGAGUCUCAAGGGGAGUAAUGGGAGUGUAUUGGUGCUGGAGCUCUCCGCCGAGGCUCUCUCGGCUAAUAGCCUGGUAUUUGCCGACUUGAUUGCGGAUUAUCGGAGAAAGUGUAGGGGUUUGUGCCGGAUUGAGGUCCCGGAUGUGGAUAAUUUGGGGGUUUUUCGUGAGACGAUUGAGCUAAUGUUCGAGGAAGAUAUCCCUAGAGCGCUACUCAGAAUGGGGGUUUGCCGCGCCAUUGAUGUGCUGGAGGUUUCAGCUGGCAUUAAAUUUGUCAGGGGAAUUUUGUCAUGUUUAAAGUACAUAGAAGCCAUGCCUUGGACUGAAGAGGAAGAGGAGAAACUGAGGAGCUUAUUUGGUAGGGUCAAGUUUGAUGAUGUAACCACCAGAGACAUUUUGGGCAGGCUGUAUACUGAAGACUACUCAUCAAAUUCUCAAACUUUGACUAGGAAUAUUGUUUCGUCUAUAACCGCCUGUAACGAUGCCAAUGUCAGAAACGAGCUCAAGUAUUUAGUCAAAGGUCUCCUGUGCAAAAGCUCUGUCUAUGAAAAGUGCGGUGAAUUAAACAAAGAGGACAUAUUUGCUGUUUGCAGAGCUUGCCUUGGCUCACUGAUUUCUCUAUUUGAGGAGGCCACUACCCCUAAUCCAUGUGCAAACUUGGCUGAAAAGCCAAAAGAAAAGCCAUUAAUCGAGAGAAUAUCAAAUCAGGUUGACAACAUCAAUUGGCUGCUAGACAUUUUGCUGGAGCACCAAAUGGCGGAGGAUUUGGUUGACAUGUGGACAGAUCAAGCCGAGUUACUGAGCAUGCACGAGCGUGCUUCUCCUAUGCUUAGAUAUGAGCUGAGCCGAGUGUCGGCAAUGCUAUUCAUUGCAAUGGGCACUAGAAAAGUGCAUUGUCGGUCAGAAGCAAGGUCGGGGCUUCUUCAAGCGUGGUUCAGACCAAUGGUAUCGGAUUUCAGUUGGUUACGAAGGUGCAAAAAGGGCCUAGACGUGAAGGUUUUGGAGGAAGCCAUGGGUGUCGUUCUCCUAACUCUUCCUUUAAAGGAGCAAUACAUGCUGUUUAUGGAUUGGUUCAGAUGCUUCUCCAAGAACGGUACAGAUUGCCCUAACCUCAGCAAAGCCUUCCAGAUUUGGUGGAGGAGAUCAUUCCUUAAGGGCUCCGAGACUCAUGCUGCUGAAUCUAGGUAAAACUCUGCCUACUAUUCCCCAUUUGAUUUUUACUAGAAUCUUGUAGUCAAUUGAAUCUGGAACAUAUGUGAUAGAUAUGUUGGUGGUGAAUAAUGUAAAUCAACUCAGGGUGGCAAUGCUAUUUCACCCAGAUUCAAUUCUCUCUCUCUCUCUCUCUCUCUCUCUCAUCUAGAAAAUAGUUCCAUGUUACAAUAACAUUUUGAUGCCAUAACUGCAAUUCAUGUUCCUCUGCAUA